AUGAAUCGCACGCUGGUCGAGUGUGCGCGUUGCAUGAUGGAACACGCUGGACUGGGAAAGAGCUACUGGGGUGAAGCAGUGAUGACGGCGAUGUUUCUUCGAAACCGCUGUCCAACACGUGCCAUUCACCAAGACAAGUCUCCAUAUCAAGUGUGGACGAUGAAGAAACCGAUUCUGGCCAACCUUAAAGUGUUUGGAUGCCACGCGUAUGUUCAAGUGCCUCAAGACAAACGCGCGAAGUUCGACUCCAAGUCAUCACUCUGUCGUUUCCUGGGAUACGCCGAACACCAGAAGUCAUAUCGAUUUGAGGAAGUGUCAACAGGAGCGAUCAAGAUCAGUCGCGAUGCCACAUUCAUGGAAGACAAGUUUGAUGAAGGUCCGCGCAACUACAACGAUGAGUCAAGUGUCGUUGAGUUUGAUGAUCAUGAUGAGGACGAAGAAAAAGAAGAAGGUAAAACUGACGACGACAUGGACUCGAGCGACGAUGACAACGAAGACACCAGGUCUUCGAAGAGCAACAUCAAGAGACACACGCGCACUCAAUCACUUGAGAAAGCUACCGUCAUUCCAAGUCCCAAGCGAAGAACAUACAGAGGUCCGUCGCUUGAGCAUGUUGGGGAAACGCCGACUACAUUCAAGUCGGCGAUGGAAUCAAGCGACUCCGGCAAGUGGAAAGAAGCGUGUGACUCGGAGUUCGACUCGCUUCAGAGAAACGACACGUGGGAAAUCGUGCCUCUUCCGAAAGGUCGCAAGGCCAUCGGGUGCCGAUGGGUUUUUCGUGUAAAGGAGAAUCAAGAUGGCGAAGUUGAACGUUUCAAGGCAAGACUUGUGGCCAAAGGAUUCUCACAGAAAUUCGGAGUUGACUAUGAAGAAACUUUCGCACCGGUGGCCAAGUUCACAUCGAUUCGUGUGGUGCUCAGUAUGGCGGCUAAGUACGGCCUAAUGCUACAUCAGAUGGACGUCAAGACAGCGUUUCUUAACGGCUCCCUCAACGAAGACAUCUACAUGGACCAGCCGGACGGAUACCUGGAUGCAACACAGCCGGACUAUGUGUGCAAGCUAAAGAGAUCACUCUACGGCUUGAAGCAAUCGCCUCGCAUGUGGAACCAAACAAUCGAUGGGUUCAUGAUCAAGAUGGGAUUCAAGAAGUGCGAAUCGGACCACUGCAUCUACAUCAAGCGAGACGACCAAGACAUGAUUCUCGUGGUACUCUACGUCGAUGAUCUCAUCCUGGCCAGCAGCAACAACGAACUCCUCAAGUCAACCAAGAUGGCGCUGAGCAAACGCUUCGAAAUGACGGAUCUCGGUGAGCUCGAUUACUUUCUCGGCAUGGAGAUCAAGAACGACCGUAAGACGGGAAUGGUGACUGUACAACAAACCAAGUUCCUCAAGUCCGUGUUAACCAAGUUCGGAAUGGAUAACAGCAAGCCAGUGAAGACGCCUCAAGAUCCCGGUCUGAAGCUAACCAAGAACAUGUGUGAACAAGAAUGCAAGCACGAAGACACCAUGUGCAACGUGCCAUAUCGAAGUGCUGUCGGAGGCAUCAUGUAUCUCAUGGUCGCCACACGUCCGGAUCUAGCUGCUGCAGUGGGAUCAUUAUCCCAGUUCUCGUCCGACCCAUGCCCGACUCACUGGCAAGCUUUGAAGCGUGUGCUGAGAUACCUGCAAGCAACGCCCAAUCAUGGUCUUGAGUUUACACGUGAAGAAGGAAGCCGUAUCUGCGGGUACACCGACGCAGACUGGGCCGGCGACAUUGAGUCAAGACGAAGUACAAGCGGCUAUGUGUUCAUGAUGAGCGGAGGAUGCAUCAGCUGGAAAAGCCAGAAACAACGGACGGUCGCGCUAUCUUCAACAGAAGCAGAAUACAUGGCGCUUUCCGAAGCAACCAAAGAAGCAGUAUGGCUCAAGGUGCUUUUGGGGGAACUUGGUGAGAUGACAAGCGACGAAGCGAUCAAGAUGUAUGAAGACAACCAAGGAUCAAUCGCUCUCGCCAAGAACCCGGAGUUCCAUAAGAGAACAAAACACAUCGACAUACGCUACCAUUUUGUGCGUGAGAAGGUGGAAUCAGGUGAAGUCGUUUUGGAGUAUUGCCCGACUCAAGAUAUGCUGGCAGACAUGAUGACCAAGCCGAUCGCCGCUGUACAAUUUGAAAACAUUCGCGAUCGACUUGGGAUCCAAGGUGCCGCAGCUAACGAGUCGAGAGGGAGUGUUGAAAAGACAGCGGCUGUGAAGAAGACACCUCGUCAAGCUGCGUCAAGUGUUGAAGCAAGUGGAAGACCAAGCUUCGCUAUACCGGUGGGUACCGGUAUGUACCAGUAA